AUGCGUGUUGAAUCCUGCUUCUUCUGUGCUCAACCUAGAUACCCCGGACAUGGUACUCGAUUCGUCCGAAACGAUGGCAAAUCCUUCGACUUCUGCAGCUCGAAAUGUCACAAGAACUUCAAGAUGAAGCGAAACCCCCGAAAGGUCAAGUGGACCAAGGCUUUCCGACGAGCAGCUGGGAAGGAUAUGACUAUCGACUCGACGUUCGAGUUCGAGAAGCGACGAAACGUUCCCGUCAGGUACAACAGGGAGUUGGUCCAGACCACCAUCAAGGCCAUGAAGCGGGUUGCCGAGAUCAAGGCCAGGCGAGAGCGGGCUUUCUGGAAGAACAGGAUGUCCGGCAACAAGGCUCGUCUCCUCACGCACCAGACUUCGGAGAUCUCCCGUCACCUCGAGCUUGUUCAACCUCGAACGACUUCGAAGAAGGUUCUUUCGGUCGAGGACAGGGCCGUCAUCCGAGACAAGAUCAGAGUCAACGCUGCCAAGCGUCCUGGUGUCAUUCAGACCAAGGCUUUGAAGAAGAGCGCUUUUGUACCCGUUUCGGGUGGACAGAGCAUGGGCAUGGAGACCGACUAG